AUGGCAAUGACCCCACGACACGUUUCCUGCCUCCCAGAGCUCGUUAUCUCCAGCACCCACCAUCUUAUGAUGGUUGUAGUUGCAGGACUAGUUGUCCUUUAUCUUAUAUAUAGAAGAAAAGUCACCAUUUAUUUAUUGGACUUCGCUUGCUACCGGCCACCCAACUCGUAUCGUCUAACGAAGUCCAUGUUCGUAGAGAAUAUCUUUCUUGGUGAUAUGGAUGCUGAUAGUAUUGCUUUCCAGAUCAAGAUCCUAGAAAAAUCUGGGUUCAGUGAAGAAACCAGCGUCCCUCCUUCCCUCACUCGAAUUUCACCAAGAAAAUCGCUCUCAUUUGCUAUGGAGGAGGUUGUAAUGGUAAUGUGUUCAGCGGUUACUGAAUUGUUUCAGAAAACCAACAUCAACCCUAAAGCCAUCGAUAUUCUGAUAUCAAACAGUAGCAUGUUUUGCCCUACUCCAUCUCUAAGUGCUGUUGUAAUCAAUAAGUUCAGAAUGAGGAGCAAUGUCAUGAGUUUCCACCUCUCUGGCAUGGGAUGUAGCGCUGGAAUUAUAGCAGUGGACCUUGCUAAAGACGUGUUGAGAGUUCACCGGAACUCCUUGGCUCUGAUUGUUAGCACGGAGACUCUACUCUUGAACUGGUACACCGGCAAGAAUCCAUCAAUGUUGAUUACCAACUGUCUCUUCCGGAUGGGGGGUGCGGCUGUAUUGCUCUCUAACCGAAAACAAGACAAGAGCAGAGCAAAGUAUGAGCUAAAACAUCUUGUUCGAACAAACAAAGCACAAGAUGAUCUUUCUCAUACCUGCGUCAUUCAGGAUGUGGACUCGGAGAACAUGGUCGGAGUGUCGAUAUCAAAGAACAUCGUAAAUGUCGCCGGAGAUGCGCUGAAGACAAAUAUUGCUGCACUGGGGCCUCUGGUUUUGCCAUUUUCAGAGCAAUUGAGAUAUGCAUUGUCCAUUAUUUGCCAGAAGAUCAAGUGGAAUGCACGGAGAAGUAGCACCUACGUGCCGGAUUUUAAGAAAGCUUUUGAGCAUUUCUGCAUCCAUGCAGGGGGUAGAGCUGUUAUUCAAGCUAUUGAAAAAAACCUAGGGUUAAGGAAACAGGAUGUUGAACCUUCAAAGAUGACUCUUUACAAAUUUGGAAAUACUUCAUCUUCUUCAAUAUGGUAUGAGCUCUGUUACAUAGAAGCAAAAGGGAGAAUGAAAAGGGGCGAUAGGGUCUGGCAAAUCGGAUUUGGGAGUGGAUUUAAGUGUAAUAGCGCAGUGUGGAAGUGUGUUUACAAUUCAGACUUUGAGAUUGCCAACGCAUGGAGCGAUAUCUACUCAUAUCCAGUAGAAGUACCUAAUGUUGGAAAAAUUAAUUGA